AUUUGAAAUUCUUGCCCUUUUUCACGUGACUGCGAUGAAUAUGAGCGACAGAGAGAGCGAAACUCGGUGACGAUUUCAUCAACGCAGUUCGACAUAACUCGCAUUUUGAAGCCAUCCCGAUUAUUGUGUAGAGAAAAAGAGGAGCCCUGUGAUUGUUACAUGAAAAACACCGGCCCCGAAAUCACAUCAGAAGAUUCAUUUCCCAUCUCCCCCCCCUCUCUUCAAAUCUGAAGGAUAGCCGGCGGGAACCCCAUUGCCUCCGGGAAAGUUUUUUGCGGCACAAUGUCGAGGGCGGAUGAGCCACUGUAUCCAAUAGCAGUGCUAAUUGAUGAGUUAAAGAACGAUGACAUUCAACUGCGAUUGAACUCUAUACGGAGACUAUCAACCAUAGCACGCGCACUUGGGGAGGAGAGGACUCGGAAGGAGUUGAUCCCAUUUUUGAGUGAGAACAAUGAUGAUGACGAUGAGGUGCUGCUGGCUAUGGCUGAGGAAUUGGGUGUGUUCAUUCCAUAUGUCGGAGGGGUGGAGCAUGCUCAUGUGUUGCUCCCUCCCCUGGAAACACUUUGUACUGUGGAGGAGACCUGUGUGAGGGACAAAGCUGUAGAGUCAUUAUGCAGAAUUGGAUCACAGAUGAGAGAAAGUGAUUUGGUUGACUGGUUUAUUCCUCUUGUGAAGAGGCUGGCAGCUGGUGAGUGGUUUACGGCUCGAGUUUCAGCUUGUGGAUUGUUUCAUAUUGCCUACUCAAGUGCCCCAGAUACGUUAAAGACAGAAUUAAGGUCAAUAUACAGCCAGUUGUGCCAAGAUGAUAUGCCUAUGGUGAGAAGGGCUGCCGCAACGAAUUUGGGGAAAUUUGCUGCCACUGUGGAAGCUGCUCAUCUGAAAACUGACAUCAUGUCUAUAUUUGAGGAUCUUACACAGGAUGAUCAGGAUUCUGUUCGCUUGCUAGCUGUUGAGGGCUGUGCUGCUCUUGGGAAGUUACUGGAACCUCAAGAUUGUGUUGCACAUAUUCUCCCUGUAAUUGUCAACUUCUCGCAGGAUAAGUCUUGGCGUGUUCGCUACAUGGUUGCCAACCAGUUGUAUGAACUUUGUGAGGCUGUGGGACCUGAACCUACACGGACGGAUUUGGUUCCUGCAUAUGUCCGCCUACUUCGGGAUAAUGAAGCGGAAGUGCGGAUAGCAGCUGCUGGUAAAGUCACAAAAUUCUGCAGGAUUCUUAAUCCUGAACUUGCUGUCCAGCAUAUUCUUCCUUGUGUAAAGGAAUUGUCAUCUGAUUCGUCACAGCAUGUAAGGUCUGCUUUGGCAUCUGUCAUAAUGGGAAUGGCUCCUGUUUUGGGCAAGGAUGCAACAAUUGAACAACUUCUCCCCAUAUUUCUCUCCCUUUUGAAGGAUGAAUUUCCUGAUGUUCGCCUCAACAUCAUUAGCAAGCUAGAUCAAGUCAAUCAGGUUAUUGGAAUUGAUUUGCUCUCUCAAUCUCUGUUACCAGCUAUUGUGGAGCUAGCAGAGGAUAGGCACUGGAGGGUUCGGCUUGCCAUCAUAGAAUACAUACCUUUAUUGGCUAGUCAAUUGGGUGUUGGAUUUUUUGAUGAUAAGCUGGGAGCCCUUUGCAUGCAGUGGCUACAGGACAAGGUUUACUCUAUUAGAGAUGCUGCAGCUAAUAAUUUGAAACGUUUGGCAGAAGAAUUUGGUCCAGACUGGGCAAUGCAACAUAUAGUUCCUCAGGUUUUAGAUAUGGUAAACAAUCCACAUUAUUUGUAUCGGAUGACUGUUCUUCGUGCAAUUUCCUUGCUCGCUCCAGUCAUGGGUGCGGAGAUAACAUGUUCCAACUUAUUGCCUGUGAUUGUUACUGCAUCAAAGGACAGAGUGCCUAACAUUAAAUUCAAUGUGGCAAAAGUGUUGCAAUCCAUGAUCCCCAUUGUCGACCAAUCUGUGGUGGAGAAAACAAUACGCCCCACCUUGGUAGAGCUCACAGAGGACCCUGAUGUAGAUGUCCGUUUUUUCGCCAACCAAGCUCUUCAGUCAAUCGAUCACGUCAUGAUGUCUAGCUAGACAAUCUAAGGCUGUUUAAGUGGGCAUUUGCCUAGUGUUUCUACUGUAUGCCGAUUUCAUGCUAGUGGUGUUGGAUGAUCCUUAUUUGUUUCAAAAGUAUAUUGUUUAAUGUUUCACCUCCCCUUGAAUCUUGAAUUUUUGUUUAUACCAAUGUUUUAACAGCGGUGUUUAUUUCAACUGUAUGGCUAAUAUUAAGGCUUAAGCAGUCGCACAUGUCAAGGUA